AUGUCCGCUUACACACUUCAACGUGCGAUACUCUCCUUUUACCAAGAAAAUGGUUUGUUUCCAUCGGGUCUGUCUGCCCGUCUUCCUGCUGUUCAAGAUUGGGCGCUCAAAAAUGGAGUCAUCGUCAAGAAGCUGGUCUCACGAAUGCGUCGGCUCAUGAAGAGGUCCACAGGUGCCAAGAACAAGGUUUUAGCUAAGAUGAAGGCCAAGCUUGUGAAGAUUGGCUGGCCCAAGAGAAAGGAACUUUGGGCACUUCUUCCCUACACAGGUCUGUCUGAUUUGUCCACGGUAGCUUCUUCUUCGGGCCUGGGCUCGGGAACGGGUUCGUCAAGCCUUUCGGACGAGAAGAUGCACAGGGUAAUGGACCAACUCAAAGCUUUGAAGAUUGCCUUUGAGUCCAAAGGCAAUCCAGAGGCGACCGACAGUGGACCUGUGGACAAGACCUCACCAGUUGAAAAGGUUGCUACGGUUGCACCAGUGGUGGGUAAAGGAUCACAUGUGGAACCGGUGCCUGGUACAACCCCACGUGAGCGGGUUUCUGAGGUUUUGAAAAGGGCCAAGGAAAGGCGAUUGCGUGAAGAGCAACGUCGAGUUGAGAAGACCCAUACUGCGGCUGCCACCUUGGCCCAUUCCAAAACUGGUGGUGACACUUCAGCCAAAGUGCCGGAUCAUGUCUGCGAGGAUGAGGGUGAAGAGAAUCCCAAGACCACAAAACUUACCAUGAAGAUUUCUGGGGACACGUCUUCGAAGAAGCGUGGAACAUCAUCGGAUUGGAACUAUGGUGAGAUUCGAAAGGAUGGCCUGAAGGGAGCGGCGAUCGAUAUUGAUCACAAUCCACGGAUCUUUGAUUUGACGACAUCGGCUGGGUUUGUGAUUCUUGCCAGCACUGGGGCAGUACCAUUGAUUGCUGUAAAUGAGAUCUUGAGGCAUUACCCUCCAGAGUUUGCAAAGUUCGUGUCCAAGAUUGCCCAGGAACAACGGCAUGUCCCUUUGCCACCACCUCCAAAUCCGCCACAAUUGGAUCCUUCGCUUACUGAUUUGGAGCUGUUCCGAAAGCACUGCCUGCCAAUCCAAAGAGGCGGAUCUACUGCCAGCUGUGAAGUAUCUGGCGCGAUGCAAACACAUGACAGUUCCACCUGGAUGGGACCAGCUCCUCGAGGAACUAUCCCUACGAAAUGCUGCUGCCUGAUCGUUUUGGGGACAUACUUAGAUUCGAAUAUAGCUUCCCUUUGA